GUCAACAAUUAACAAUAUUAGGAGCAGUAGAAAUCUGUGGUAGAAAUGCUACUUCUUAUCCUGUGCCUGUUUUGCUAAAUAAUUUCGCCUACAUGAAAAUUAAAAUAAAUUAAUAUUAUCAAAUUCAAGGUGUUGAAUAUCAGAUCCCACCCGUGCACAAUGUUUAUGAAUCAUUUUGCAAAUAGUAAAUUAUUACUCAUUCAACUAUGCUGCAAAAGAUAUUUAAACAAUAAUGUGGCAAGUAUAACAAAAAUACACCGAGAAAUAUAUACUAGAAUGUACCCUACCAAAGUUGUACUCCCCAAUGGAGCAUCGAUUAAUAUCAGAUAUCAUGAACCUCGAAAAAUCAUUAAAUUACCAUUAGAUUUAUCAUUAUUAUCUGAUGAGGAAAGGAAGAUCAGAUUAGACCGAAGGAAACCAAAGAAAAAAGUAAAAAUUGCUGAAACUAUUGAAGAUAAUUUUAAUGCUAAAAAGUAUUUAAAAUACUUAAAAAAGAAGUAAAUUACAGAUGUAAAAGUAACUAGAAUACAUUUAGUUUUUAGACUUUAAUAUAGAAUAAAGAGAUAUUACUGCUUGUUUGUAAA